AUGCCACACACUAACAAAGGAGGUUACAGUAACUCAAAGUACGACGCCUACGCUGCCGCCAACUCCAGAAACAAUGGAGUUUAUCCAAGUUCUGGUCAUGUCCAGGAAGUGGUCAAGGGAUACUCCAAUGCUGACAUGAAGGGGUUCAAUGACAGAGGUGAAGCUAGAGGGUAUGUGAACAGUGGGGGAUCUAGCGGUAAUCAAAAGUGA